AUUUGUUGAAUAACCAUGUGUAUAAAAACAGAUUGUUGUUGUAAUUCAAUUAGAGAGAUGACGGUGUAACAAUUCUACCCAGCAGAAAUACUGUACCCAUCAGGAUUUCCAAGACUUUUUCUGCUCACCGUUCAGCGCUCACAGUAAUAUCCUCCAGUUUCAUGAAAGCGUUUUUGGUUCAGAGCACACACAAACAGUUAAACUAGAGGGGGAGAGUUCUGACAGAGGUUAUUGUCUUCAACCCAGCAGGGAAUUUCAGACAAAUCCCUCUUAGAUGCAGGUGGUCAGGCACAAGCAAAGAGUUAAGUCCUGCGGUCUCUUUGCCCCUCCUCUUUGAUGUUCUGACAUCAUUAGUCCAGCCCCCUGAAAGAUCCCCUCGCUUUCCUCAGAGCCCGUCACUUCUACUCUGGAAUGUUUACAGGAACUUCAUGAGCAGCAUCAGGACCAAGUGUUUGUCAGAGGAAAAAAGACAUGCUCUGAAGACAUUUUUGGUUCAGGGAUCACACAGGAUGCCACAGGUGUAUUAGCCGCUGGGCUCAACAGAGUAAUGGCUGUUCAGACUGCAAUCAUGAACCCUCAGUUCAUGAAUUUCUGCUUCCCUUGUUCUGUGAUGGAGUACGAGGUGGAGAAAAGUCUGGAUGGGAGUCUCCUCGGUGAGGCAGAAAAUGAUGAGGACUACAAAGAGACCACUCGGGACUUGCUGAGCUUCAUAGACUCGGCCUCCAGCAAUAUCAAGCUGGCUCUGGACAAGCCGGUGAAAUCCAAGAGGAAAGUCAACCACCGGAAGUAUCUACAGAAGCAGAUCAAAAGGUGCACCGGCAAUAUAACCCCAGGAAAUGUAGCAGAAGUCCCAGUUAAGAGACAGGGUUCCCCCCUGGCUCAGCCCUUGCAGAGCAAAACUCUACCUAAACGUGACGGGGUCCAGGCCAACUUACAGAGCAAGAGCUUGGCUGCUCUCUUCAGCCCUGUGAAGGAUAUAAGGGGUGAGAAAGCCAAGAAACCACCCCUGAGGCAUCGUAAUCUGCCCCCUUCUUUCUUCACCGAGCCGGCCAACUGCUCCAAAGUCAGCUCCACGUCUGGGAUGACGCUGAAGGACCUGGAGCGGGGCAAUCCUGAGGCGGCGGAGUUCUUCGAGCUCUUGGGGCCAGAUUACAGCAACAUGGUCAGCGACCAGGACCUUUAUCAAAGUAUGCCUGUCCGGGUGCAGCCAGAGAUGGGAGGCCCUGAUCCUGCUUCCUACGAUGCUCACCAUUUAGUUGGGGGUCUCCUCUACUCUGAGCCCUGGACUAGCUGCUCGGUACCCACUAAGAAAGUAGGGGAGAAUCUACGAACAGGCCCAACCCAGCCCCCUGUUUACUGUCAUUCUGAGGCUGCUUCCGGGUCCAUAGAGGAUAACGCACUGUGCACUUUGGCCUUCCCCAACUUCUUCACAGACUGCUCCAUACCUCAGGUCACUUAUGAUUUAAGUGGCGGUUAUAACAGAGCUAAUUAUUCAUCUCUAUGAGAAACAGACAAUUCUGUUCUGGUAGACGUGCUGGUAAAAGAGAUACAAUUGCUGUGACAAAUGUAACACUAGUCAGAGAGUUGGAUAUUACUGUAUUAUAUUUGUUUAUCUGUUGUGGAAGUAAUAUUGCAACUGGAUUUACACUUUUUUUUCUCUCUAUCAUCCCCUCUCAACAACUCCAUGUGUCACUUUCCCCCUGAGAGAAACAAGGAACUUGAAAUGGUGUCUUUCAAAAAGGAAUAGCCCAAAGCUUUUCAAGUAACUGGAUAUUGUGUACUUUUCAACAUCGCAGUUUUCACUGACUACACUGUUCUGUUUAAAAUGAUCCACAUGUGCAUAUGGUUUUCUUUAUCUCAGGCAACAUCUAUUGACAUUCUGAAUGAAAAUACAUCUGAUUUUGUGUAAGCUUCCAUUUUGUCAGCAGAGUAUGUGAGUCCGUUCCUUUGGAUAUGUCAUUAAUCUGGGACUUUGUUAAUGAAGACAUUUCAUUCUAACACUUUCAUUUUUUUCAUACAAAAAGAAAGCAUACAAGCUGCAGAAUUAGUUGUUGGUUUAGUCCACUAAUCAUCAAUUUUUGCUAGAAAAUGAUAUCAGAGAACUGUUUGACGCAACAUGCUGCAACAAUCUCUCAGCGAGGCACUUUUUUGGUUCCUGUAAGUCACUGCUCUCUGUAGAGGGAGACACUCGUUCUGCUGAAAUGAUGAUUACGACGACAUGUGAUGCUGUGUUUUGUUUUCCAAUAUUUUACAGCUCAGAAAUGAGUUUUUUUCAGC